AAGGACGUAUAACUGGACGCGUCAUGAAUAUGUAUGAGGGAGUUUUGUAAGAGGUCACGUUGCGUUGCGGCAUCAGAACGCCAGAGUCGGUCAGUGAGCAUCAUCUCUCUCUACGUCCUCUCAGCUUUCACACGUAAACCAGGUUGUUCUGAGCAGCAGUCAUCAUGACACAUCAGUACCCAGCACUCACCCCCGAGCAGAAGAAAGAGCUGCAGGAAAUCGCCCAGCGCAUCGUCGCGCCCGGCAAAGGCAUCCUCGCUGCGGACGAGUCCACAGGCAGCAUGGCCAAGCGCCUGAACCCCAUCGGUGUUGAGAACACGGAAGAGAACCGCCGUCUGUACCGCCAGCUCCUCUUCACGGCGGACGAGCGCAUCGACAAGUGCAUCGGCGGCGUCAUCUUCUUCCACGAGACGCUUUACCAGAACACAGACGACGGCACUAAUUUCACCAAGUUGAUCAAGGACAGGGGCAUUGUAGUGGGCAUUAAGGUCGACAAAGGUGUCGUUCCUCUGGCAGGAACCAACGGAGAAACCACGACUCAGGGGCUGGACGGCCUGUCUGAACGCUGCGCUCAGUAUAAGAAGGACGGCGCUGACUUCGCCAAGUGGCGUUGUGUGCUGAAGAUCAGCGAGACCACUCCCUCAGAACUGGCCAUCAUGGAGAACGCCAAUGUCCUGGCUCGCUAUGCCAGCAUCUGCCAGCAGAACGGCAUCGUGCCCAUCGUGGAGCCCGAGAUCCUGCCUGAUGGAGAUCAUGACCUCAAGCGCUGCCAGUACGUCACAGAGAAGGUUCUCGCCGCCUGCUACAAGGCUCUGUCCGACCAUCACGUCUACCUGGAGGGCACGCUGCUCAAACCCAACAUGGUGACCGCCGGACACGCCUGCCCCACCAAAUUCUCCAGUGAGGAGAUCGCCAUGGCAACAGUCACUGCCCUGCGCCGCACCGUUCCUCCAGCAGUCACGGGCGUCACCUUCCUCUCUGGAGGCCAGAGCGAAGAGGAGGCAUCCGUUAACCUGAACGCCAUCAACAACUGCCCCCUGACCAAGCCGUGGGCGCUCACCUUCUCCUACGGCCGUGCUCUGCAGGCUUCAGCCCUCGGCGCCUGGCGCGGGCUCAAGGAGAACACGAAAGCUGCCACAGAGGAGUUCAUCAAGCGUGCUGAGGCUAACGGUCUGGCCGCUAAGGGAAAGUACGUGUCCAGCGGAACCGGCGGAGCCGCAGCGCAGUCUCUGUACGUGGCCAACCACGCCUACUAAAAAAAAAACCCAUCGAUCCGCUUUCUCCAGCUUCCGCCGACCAGUAGUAUCUCCCCUUCACCGUGUCACCAGCCAAUCACAGGCCCGCGCUGUCGUCCGUUCAACAGUCAUCAAUAAAUAUUCUGUCUCGCUCAAACACACUUAAGAGGAAAAGCUGGAAAGCAGAACGAGGAGAUCUUAAAAGGUCAUUUUGUGACACCGGUUCUAAACUUGUUAAUCAAAUAGUGUUGCCUGCAUGGCUGAGUUAUUAACACCUUAUUUGAGGUUUUUGUUGUUUUUUUUUUUGUUUCGGUUAUAAGUAUUUGAUUCCACUGCGCUCGCACCAGAUCUCUGUAGUUCUUAUGUCUCGUCAUACUGCUGUGGGCGCGAGCGCGGAACAGUGGGGAGCAAUUAUCCAUUCCAGAUGUUGUAACAGUCCAAAGCAUUGCAAAAGUGUGUGUGUGUGUGUGUGAAGAGACGCAGUGGCAUACAUCUAUAGGUCAGUACUUCUGUGUGCAUCACAACAGUUUUAACAACCAACAGAGGGACGUUAUUUACUCCUAUACUACCGAGGGUCCUGGAUCGCUCGCUCAUCUACUGUCUGAUCGUCAUAGAAUGCUAACUAUAUUAGUUUCCUGUUUUGUGUAGUGUGCUUGAAUGUACUAUGUUCUCUCUCCAUCUUUGUAGCCUAGCGAUGCAGAGACGGUAAAGUUUAUCGGUUUAACAUGCUGGUAAGGACCUAACCAUGGAGAAUUUCGAGUAGAGGGGUCACUGCUGAUUUGGCUAAACUGUGAUGUUGUGGUGUUCUUCCCUAAGCACUUGAUGUCAAGCAGAAAAAUAAUAUAAUAUAAUAAUAAAAAAAGAUUAAAAUCCCA